AUCACUCGUUAAUCAGGCAGAAGUCAUGUGGCUGAAAAGGAAUUCGAAAAUAUCGAGAAGGUUCGGAAUCGGUGGCUUGCUGGAAAAGAAAAGCGUAGAGAGACACUCUAAUGGCAAAGGUCGAUCUGUGUGGUUGCCGAGAGCCGUCGUUUCUCGAUUGAUAUCGUGAUUCUCAACAAUCAGGUCGUAUUUUGUAUAAGAGAUCGUCUCGCCGCUGAUAAGAAGUGCAAUUGAUUAAUUAUAAUAAAUCUAUAUUAUAAUUAUAUACAAGAAUCCGAGAGUCAUUUAUUCGGAUUUCUCAGUGUCCGUUGGUAGUAAACAGUCGUGCCGGUAUCCUGCGCAGUUGGCAAGGUCAAAGAUGUUGAUCUGCGACGUGCUAAGAACUUCGGUCGAGAAGAAUUAAGACGUCGAUUAAGAAGUCGUUGGAACAAACGAAGGAUAUUGAAAAUAUCUUACAGUACACAGGUAUUGGCUCUUUCCAGGCAACAAAUAAAAAAGUCCAUCAAGGCAAAGGAUUGUUACGGUCCGGUUUUAGAACAAAAGUCGUGUUGCAUCAGCCAUGUUGGUUGGAUGUGCGUAGUUCCACUACUGGCGUGUGGACUAGUCUUUGCAGUCCAAUAGCCUUGGACCAAACCAAACAACAAGUGAAACAAAACAAUGCCUUGAUGGCCACAAAUCAUCAAGAAGACAAAGCGGAUCCUCCACCAUCUGGAGAUGAAACUUUUGGAGCGAGUGCGGGAGCGGUUGUAGUAUCACCCUCAAUGGCAAAACCCAAGUGGCAUGCACCUUGGAAGUUGUACAAAACUGUCAUUAACGAUCAUCGGGGAUGGAUAAGGUGUUGUGCUGUUGAGCCUGGGAAUAAAUGGUUUGGUACCGGCUCAGCUGACAGUGUAAUUAAAAUAUGGGAUCUUGCAAGCAGUGAAUUGAAAGUCUCGCUCACUGGUCACGUAAGCAGCGUCCGCGGGCUUGCGUUUUCUAAAAGACAUCCCUACUUGUUCUCCUGCGGCGAGGAUGGGCAGGUAAAGUGUUGGGAUCUCGAGUACAAUAAAGUGAUCAGACAUUACCAUGGGCAUUUAUCUGCUGUGUACUCUCUGGCGUUGCAUCCCAGUAUAGACGUUCUCGUGACGGCGGGACGCGAUUCUACGGGACGUGUGUGGGACAUGCGCACAAAAACGAAUAUUCACACGCUCGUCGGACAUACCGAUACGGUAGCCAGCGUGAUAUGCCAAUCCGCCGAGCCGCAAAUUGUCACCGGCAGUCACGACUGCACGAUUCGUUUAUGGGAUUUGGCCGCCGGAAAGUCCAUCGCCACACUGACGAAUCACAAGAAGAGCGUUCGAGCCCUGACAUUCCAUCCGUCCUUGUACAUGUUUGCCUCGGCGUCUCCAGACAAUAUCAAGCAGUGGAAAUGUCCGGAAGGGAAGUUCAUUCAGAAUUUAUCCGGUCACAAUGCUAUAGUGAACUGCUUGGCUGUGAACAAAGACGGGGUUUUAGUCUCCGGCGCUCACAACGGUACUAUGCAUCUCUGGGACUGGAGAACGGGAUACAAUUUUCAACGGCUUCAGGCGCAGGUUCAACCCGGUUCGAUGGACUGCGAGGCUGGGGUGUUCAGUAUCACAUUUGACAUGUCGGGCACUCGCAUGAUCACCACCAAAGCAGACAAGACCAUAGAGGUCUACAAAGAAGACGAAACUGCCACGGAGGAAACACAUCCCGUCGACUGGCGACCCGACAUAAAACGAAGAAAAUACUAAAGUUUUACUCACGGACUUUCUAUUUAUGUAAUUUAACAAUUAUGUUAUACAAAGUUAUUCUUUGUAUUUGAUGUUUUCUUAAUUAAAAAAAAAA